GUGAGAGAGCGCGCGCUGAGGGCUCAUGCGCGAGAUUUCUUCUCACCUGGCCAGUUACUAAGGGGUGCACUCGGUAGGAAUGGCAUAUCUUAUGGCAGCCUUCUCAGUCAGCAAUACUGUGACCAACUCUAUCAUAAUGAACACCAAUGGACCUCCUGAUCUCAUGUUGGAUACAAGGACAGUGUGUGUUUCCAUUGAUAAUGUGAUGACCAAUCACACUGGCAGCCAACAGACCCCACUGUUACAUGCACACUUAAAAAAAGUAGAGAACAACCUAACAGAGGCACAGCGAUUCUCGUACCUGCCCAGAAGACCAGCAGUCAAUAUUGAAUUCAGAGACCUCUCAUACUCAGUUCCUGAAGGACCAUGGUGGAGAAAGAAAGGUUACAAGACCCUGCUGAAAGGUAUCUCUGGCAGCUUUACCAGUGGGGGUCUAGUAGCCAUCAUGGGCCCCUCAGGAGCAGGGAAGUCAACGCUUAUGAACAUCCUGGCAGGAUAUAGGGAAACAGGAAUGAAAGGAGAUAUCUUGAUAAAUGGACAACCCAGAGAUCUGAGGUCCUUUAGGAAAGUGUCUUGUUAUAUUAUGCAAGAUGACAUGCUUCUGCCCCACCUGACCGUACAGGAGGCCAUGAUGGUAUCAGCUAAUCUAAAACUUCAGGAAAAGGAGGAGGGCAGGAGAGAGAUGGUGAGUGAGAUCUUGACUGCACUUGGCUUGUUGGAAUGUGCUAAAACACGCACAUCUAACCUCUCUGGUGGCCAGAGGAAGCGCUUGGCAAUAGCCUUGGAACUUGUCAACAACCCACCUGUCAUGUUCUUUGAUGAGCCCACAAGUGGACUUGAUAGCUCCUCCUGUUUCCAAGUCGUCUCUUUAAUGAAAGCUCUGGCUCAAGGAGGCCGAACAGUUAUCUGCACCAUUCACCAGCCCAGUGCCAAAGUCUUUGAGCUGUUUGACAAACUUUAUGUACUGAGCCAAGGCCAGUGCAUCUACCAGGGAAAGGUGUCAAACCUAAUCCCCUACCUAAGGGAAAAUGGACUCAACUGCCCUACAUAUCACAACCCUGCUGAUUUCAUAAUGGAAGUGGCCUCUGGAGACUAUGGUGACCACAUGGUUCGGUUGGUGAAAGCUGUUAAUGAAGGAAAGUGUGAGAAAGAUUACAAAAGUGAGACGAAUGGUGAUGUGGCUAUGAACUUCUUUUGGCAUAAACCAUCUGAUGAGGACUCUUCUUCCACUGAAGGCUGUCACAGCUUCUCUGCCAGUUGUCAGACUCAGUUCUGUAUCCUCUUUAAAAGAACAUUCCUAAGCAUCAUGAGGGACUCGGUGUUGACCCACCUGCGCAUCACCUCUCAUAUUGGAAUUGGGCUCCUGAUAGGGCUUCUGUACCUUGGGAUCGGAAAUGAAGCCAAGAAAGUCCUAAGCAACUCUGGUUUCCUUUUUUUCUCAAUGCUCUUCCUCAUGUUUGCUGCUCUGAUGCCCACUGUGCUUACCUUUCCUCUUGAGAUGGGUGUCUUUUUGAGAGAACACUUAAAUUACUGGUACAGUCUGAAGGCAUACUACCUUGCAAAGACUAUGGCUGAUGUCCCAUUCCAGAUUGUAUUCCCAGUGGCAUACUGCAGCAUUGUUUAUUGGAUGACCUCUCAACCAUCAGAUGCUGUUCGGUUCAUCCUCUUCUUGGCUUUGGGUACGCUGACAUCGUUAGUUGCCCAGUCUUUGGGUCUCUUGAUAGGGGCAGCGUCCACAUCAUUGCAGGUGGCCACUUUUGUUGGGCCAGUGACUGCCAUACCUGUGCUGCUAUUUUCAGGCUUUUUUGUCAGUUUUGACACCAUCCCAAAAUACCUCCAGUGGAUAUCUUACAUUUCCUAUGUCAGGUAUGGUUUUGAAGGAGUUAUUUUGUCCAUCUAUGGGCUGGACCGUGAGGACCUAUACUGUGAAAAAGAUGAGACAUGCCACUUCCAAAAAUCCAAGGCCAUUUUGAAGGAGUUAGAUGUUGAGAAUGCUGAAUUGUAUCUGGACUUCAUUGUGUUGGGUAUCUUCUUUGUCUCCCUACGUCUUAUUGCCUACUAUGUCCUCCGCUACAAAAUCAGUGCAGAGAGGUAAACAACAAGACAGCAACAACUUUGACUCUUACACCCUAGAAAUGGUGAGCAGGGAGAACAAAAGUUCUAAAGUGCUAAAGGCCCUAUUAGGACAGCAAUACACUGAACAGUUUAAACUACUUACAUUUGGUGCACUAUUUUGCACUUAAAAAAGGAUAUGGAUAUCCGUGUGGAUCGACAGUAUAAGUAUAAAUACCUGUGACAAUCCAUAGUUGGUUUAAACAGUUAUCAGGGAGUUGGACUCAUGUCCUGUUUUGUUUUAUGCUGUGUACCUUAUGUAUGUAUAACAUUCUGUCUGCAUGGGUAUGAUGAAUCCUAUACUUAAUAUAUAAGAUACAACAAUCAUAUAAAUAGGAAAUGGUUUCACAAUUUUAAGAGCUGGUCUCUACUAGGAGUGGCAUGACUAUUAAGGAUUAGUCAGCUUUCUCAUAGUUCUCAAAAACUGAUUCAGGACAUUGUUAUUUUAGGUUAUUUUUCUAGCUAGAUGUUAUUAACAGCACUGCAGAGAACACACAACUGCAAUUUAAUUAACAGCCACACAAAAGCUAUAAAAUACCUUUUUUAUAUUCAAUUCAAUGAAAGAAAUCUGUACAAUAAUAAAUCUGUGUAUCAUAUUACACUAUUUAUGGUCAUACAAAUUCUUAAUAUGCACUUAUGUGGAUGAGCUGGCAGCUCAGCUAAAGUCGUUGAUUCUGUACUUAAGACAGCACAGUGUGGAAGUUCAUCAACAGAACUCUCCGUAUAGCUCAGUAACCAGCCUUCCUUGGAUAAAGGUUGCUAUAGGACUGUCUGGGAAGUUUUUCCAGGUUGAUAUUGACUUGGGAGUUGCUACAAUAAACCCUCGCCUUAGUAGCCUUCAAAAGCAAGUCUGAAUUCAGCCUUGGAGCUGGCAUGCUCUGGCAGACUCUACACUAUCUGUGACUAGUUAUGCUGUGGUCCAAGUAGGACUGGGUAGUGUGAAUUCCAGCCCAUGGCAGCUAAUGUGUUGUUUUAUGGAAUGCACAUCUAUAGCCAUGCAAAUUUCCAUUGCCAUUGCAAUUCAGUGGCUGGAUCCAAAUCAGCAUAUUGAUGACCGUACAACUAAUCAAUAUCCUCAGAGUCCAGAAAUAAUGAAAUGCACAGUAUUUACUCUUUGUGCUCGUAGUUUGCUAUUUUGAGUUUUCAAAUAAAUGAAGAUCCACAAUAAAUGCACACAAUUAGGGAAAGAUUUAACCUCUCACUGGUGAAAUAAAAUAUUACUGAUCUACACAAAUAUUUCUUAACUUGCUUUUAUAUAAAAAAAAGCUGCUUACAUUUAAACAAAUGUAAACUAGUCCUGUAAGCCACUAGCUGUUUGCAAAUUGGCAUAUGUUCAUAUUGAUGUUGAAUGAUCCCUAGGUUAUUAGUAUGUUGUUUGUUAGUUUUUUGUCUAAUGUAUUUUGUCUGCUAAAAAUGCAGAUGGAUCUUAUUAAAUAGGUAUCUUAAGUACAUGUUUAGUGUUUGCCAGGGUGCUGACAUUCCAAAUGUCCAUGUUAUGUCACAGCAUUACAACAUAUGGAAACACUGAUCUAGAAAAAAUUAUGUAAUGUUUUUCUGAUAUGUCUGUAAUUUUUUAUAUAAAUUAAAAUGCUAGGUUCUUUUGACUAAUUCUUAAAACAGAAUAGCUUUGACAAAAAUGGCAUUUAUUUAUCACAGUGAGUAAAAGAAUUGAAUAUGAAGUAAAUAUGAACAUAUCAGCAUAUUAUCUAACAAGAAUCUUUAUACCACUCUUUAAAAUUUUGUAUGUAUUUCAUCUUAUAAAAAGCCUUUGAUUAAUAGACAUAGGAUAUCAUACGUGGUAAUCAAUUCGGAAAAAAAGUUGACAGUUCUGGUAACUGAAAAAGUUAAAAUAUGAAUAUUCAGGAUAUUCAUAUUUUAUUUCAACCAAGUAUUACAAUUCUUACAUAUACAUGUAAGUUAGAAUAUUAUCGCUAUGGACCUUUAUGUGGAGAAAUUAAUGCAAUCUUUGACUUUACACUGGUCUUUACAUUGGUCUUUCAGUUUUACUAGGUUUCAGUUUUUGUCUAGAAGGCAUCAGUCUAGCUUUUUCUUUGUAUAAUGGCUGCAUAUUAUUGAUGUUGUUUUCCCCAUUUAUUUAGAACUUGGGGCUGUAUUUGGGGCUGUCAGAUAAUAUUUCAAGAGAAUACAUUUCUUUUUUGUGAUGUUUUAACUUGGUAGAGCAAUAAUAAAUUUAAAUGUUUUAAAAAAAUACAUGUCUUUAACAAUGUUCCUUGUAAGCUUUAAUAAUAUUAUGCAAAAUACAAACCUGAACCUGACAUAGGUAGGACCCUA